AUGAGGCGCCCAAAGAUCGCUCUUGUUGGUGGAGGACAGAUUGGUGCGGUAUUGGCAUUUCUUUCCUCGCUAAAGGAAUUAGGAGAUGUCAGUAUUUUCGACGUCGUUGAGGGUAUGCCGCAAGGGAAAGCUCUGGAUAUCUCUCACGUCGGCCCCGUUGAAACCGUCGACUGCAGGAUUUCUGGUUCAAAUCAAUUCGCAGCGCUAGAGGGUGCAGAUGUCGUCAUCGUCACCGCAGGUGUUCCUCGCAAGCCCGGCAUGUCCCGCGACGACCUGCUGAGCAUAAACUCCAAGAUCAUAUCAGAAGUGGCAGAUAACAUAAAAAUGCAUGCACCUGACGCUUUCGUCAUUUGCAUCACCAACCCCCUUGACGCAAUGGUGCAGCUGAUGAGAGAACGCAGCGGCUUGCCGCAUGCAAAGGUGGUGGGGAUGGCUGGGGUGUUAGAUUCGGCCCGCUUUCGUUCUUUUGUAGCUGAGAAGCUGCAGGUUUCUGUUGAGGAUGUACAAGCCAUGGUUAUGGGGGGACACGGAGACGCCAUGGUUCCCCUACCCAGAUACUGCACAGUGUCUGGCAUCCCGCUCCCGGAUUUGGUGGCGAUGGGUCAGCUCACGCAGAAAGAUGUCGACGAUAUUGUGCAGCGCACGCGCAACGGGGGUGGAGAGAUAGUCAAGUGA